AUGAGCCGCGAGGAGUUCCUGGCACUGCCUGAGGACAGGCCAAUGCCCCGCCACCAGACCCUGAGGGAUCAGGGCAAGUUGGUGCGCAUCUUCAUGACCGAGGCAGACGUCCUGUCUGGAGCGGCGAGGACAAAGGCUGCAGUCAGCCAUCGCUGGGUCAGGCAUUGGCACAUUGACCCGGACUGCACCAAGCUGAAGAAACUGAAUACGAUUCUGCGCGAGAGCCCGGACAUCACCCACGUCUGGAUCGACUGGGCGUGCAUUCCGCAGAAAUGGAAGGACGACGCCACGGAAGGGCGCAAAACAUUCGUGGAGCAGGAGGAAUUUAACAGGACUUUGGCGAACGUCCUCCCAUAUCCGCGGGCGCGGAGGCGAGCGCGGCUCGCUGUUCUUGGGGGGCUCUGCUCAUCAGACCGUUCCAGCGCCGCCCCGCGAUGGUGCCCGUGA